AUGUCAUUUACCAGCACCAAAAACUUCUUGCAACGGUUUUGUGUUGAUGACUUCCAGACGCGUACAGGAGCCCAAAGUAGCUUCUUCUCUAAUGGCCUCCUCCCAUCUCUUGGAGCCAACAUAAACCAAGGAACAAAACUUCGAAAGAAUAUAAUUUCUCCAUUUAAUCCUCGUUACAGGGCUUGGGAGAUGUUUCUUGUCAUCCUUGUCAUUUAUUCGGCUUGGGUUUGUCCAUUUCAGUUUGCGUUUCUGACUUACAAGCAGGAUGCACUUUUCAUAUUUGACAAUAUUGUCAAUGGUUUCUUUGCCAUUGACAUCGUCCUCACCUUCUUUGUGGCAUAUGUUGAUAGCCAAUCUUAUCUUCUUGUAGAUAGCCGCAAGAAGAUAGCAGUAAGGUACAUAUCAACCUGGUUUAUUUUUGAUGUCUGCUCAACCGCACCAUUACAGCCUAUAAGUCUCUUGCUUACAGAACACAGCAGCGGAGUUGGUUUUAAAGUCCUAAACAUGCUCAGACUCUGGCGUCUUAGAAGAGUCAGUUCCCUGUUUGCAAGACUUGAGAAGGACAUACGGUUCAAUUACUUUUGGAUUAGGUGCACAAAACUCAUCACUGUGACUCUAUUCGCGGUACAUUGUGCCGGAUGCUUUUACUAUUUAAUUGCAGAUAGACAUCCUAAUCCUGAAAGAACCUGGAUUGGCGCAGUGUACCCAAAAUUUAAGGAAGAAAGCUUAUGGAACAGAUACGUCACUUCAAUGUAUUGGUCCAUUGUUACACUAACUACAACUGGGUAUGGCGACUUGCAUGCGGAAAACACAGGGGAAAUGCUCUUUGAUAUCUUCUACAUGCUAUUUAACUUGGGAUUGACAUCAUACCUCAUAGGGAACAUGACAAACCUUGUUGUCCACUGGACCAGCCGCACCAGAGACUUUAGAGACACCGUUGGAGCUGCUUCUGAAUUUGCCAAGCGGAACCGAUUGCCACCUUCCAUUCAGAACCAACUUUUGUCACACAUCUGUCUCAAGUUCAGAACAGAUGGUCUGAAACAGCAAGAUACCUUGAGUAGCCUGCCAAAAGCCAUCCGAUCAAGUAUUUCAAAUCAUCUCUUCUUUCCGAUCAUUCGGAAUGCCAGACUAUUCCAAGGGCUCUCACACGAUAACCUAUUUCAGUUGGUUACUGAACUGGAGGCCGAGUACUUUCCACCAAAAGAAGAUGUGAUCCUACAAAAUGAAGCUCCAAUGGAUAUGUAUAUACUGGUUUCAGGAGCAGUGGAUCUGAUAGUGAAUAUUGAUGGACAUGAUCAAGUCAUAGGCAAGGUUACAGAAGGGGAAUUGUUCGGAGAAGUAGGACUUCUCUGCCACCGGCCACAGCCAUACACAGCCCGAACCACUGAGAUCUCUCAAAUAUUGAGGCUGAAUAGGAACGCACUCAUGAAUAUAAUUCAUGAAAAUUCUGACGAUGGACGUAUUAUCAUGAAUAACUUUUACAAGGAUCUUGAAAACUCUGGCCUUCAGAGUCAUAAACGUCCUGGGUCAAUCUAUUCAGAACAGCUUGAUGUACGAGCAGAAGGGGAAAACUAUUAUCAUGCAAAUCAGAUAUAUGAUCUUAGUGGUGAACCUUUGAUACAAGGGAACUCAGUCGCUGCAGAGAACGACAGGACCAAAAGUGGAUAUGGUAUGGAAGUAAAGUCAAUAGCUGAGGAUGACCAAACAGCCCUGCAUGUUGCUGUGCGCACAGGUCAUCCUGAAAAUGUAAGGAUAUUGCUGGAAGGUGGAGCAAAUGUAAACAAGCUCGAUGCCAAAGGGCGUACACCAAUAAGUUUGGCAGAAAAUCAAGGAAACAAAUGCAUAUAUGAUCUUUUACUGAGUUAUCAAAAUACAAGGUCAACAAAUGAGCAGAAAAUAGAGCUUCUUGAAGAGUCAAGUUAUGAGACAAGGAACAAGCAAUUCAAAGAAACACAUACUGGGGUCACCACUUGUUCUAGUUCUUACCAAAAAGAUUCCUUAUGCUCCAGCUCAGAAGCUUUGAACCAUUCUGCUGAGGCUGAAGUUAGAAAAAUAAAUACAAUAAGAGUUACUAUUCACAUGAACAAUGCAUCACAGAAGCAGCUUGCAAAGUUAAUCAACUUACCUGGUUCGAUUGACGAGCUAUUCAGGAUCGCAGGUCAAAAAUAUGGAGGCUACAAUUUCACGAAGAUGGUAAACUCAGAGAAUGCAGAGAUAGAUGACUUGAGUGUAAUCAGGGAUGGUGACCAUUUGUUUCUUAUUCCAGAGCAAAGCGAAACAAUGAGUGACAUGAGGCCCUGAUGAAUAUCAAGAGAGCUCUUAGUUAGCUUUAUUAGUUGUAUACCUGAUUAUUGUAAUAAAAAUAGGUUACGAUAAUCAAAUCAUACUCUCCUUUGGAGGGAUCACCGCCUUGAAAUCGAGAAUCGGUUAAAAGCACUACACUGGCCUCCCGUGGAGGGAUGCAAAUAAAACUGUAUAGGAUACUUUCAGGUUUAUUAAAUAUAUAAUUAUCAA